AGUACUCCAACAACAGUUAUAUCGCAAUUCAUCAGAACAGUCUGACGUAACGGUCGUCUUACGACCAAAGUCUUUCAUUGAAUCAUUCAUAAAAAGAAUCCCAUCGUCCUACUCGUGCUCACAUGAUAGGUCAUGAUGGAGCUUCGUGAUUAUGUUGGGCAUUCGAAAAACAAAUAGAUUACCUGAGUACAAUAAUUAUAAAUCUCAUUUUCCACUGUAGUUGCAACAAAAGUGAAUUUAAGAUAUAAUAAUGCAACGAUUGGGUAAGUUUCUUGCUCAAACUCGGUCCAACCAUGCAGGAUGGCAGCGGUUUCCCAAAAGGGUUUACUCGCAAACGGCUGGACCGCCGGUUAAACCACCCAGUGGGUCAAUUGGGCGCCUAUGGAAACGGCUUUUCGGUCGAUAUCUUUUGGCGACGAACACCAUCAGUUCCGGACUGCUGAUGAUGCUGGGCGAUGUUGUGGCACAGAAGAUUGAGAUGCGACGCGAUGGCAGUGAGCAGCGAGACCUUGAUUGGUAUCGAAUAGGAUGCAUGACGGUAGUGGGUAUUUCACAGGGCCCGCUACAUCACUAUUUAUACAUGUGGAUGGAUCGGGCUCUUCCAGGAACAGCAAUCAGAACAGUAUUCAGCAAAAUUGGUCUUGACCAGUUUGUAAUAUCACCAAUAUUCAUUACUACCUACCUGUACAGUGCGGGUAUUUUAGAGGGAAACAGCGUAAGGGAGUGCACCGAGGAGUUGAAGGAUAAGUUUGCCACAAUCUACGUAGCAGACUGGAUGGUGUGGCCACCAACACAGUUUAUUAAUUUCUACUGGUUGAGCCCCAAGUAUCGAGUUUUGUACAUUAAUGCGAUCACAAUGCUUUAUAAUAUAUUUCUGUGUUACAUUAAGCAUAACGAUGAUUUACGAAUCAGAUUUGAAAAAAGUGAUAGCAGAGUUGAGUAAAUGUAAAUGUUUUUUGUUGAGCGUACUUAUUAUAAUAAAACAGACUUGUUUUUUGUUUGAAAAUA